AUGAGUGAUCCAGUUUGCAGUUAUUGUGACUCCUCUAUCAGUGCUAGAACAAAAAGUGUUAAAUGUCAAGGUUUUUGUGGAAAAUUUUUUCAUGCCGCUUGCCAGGGCUUAUCAGCUGAUGUAGUAAAAACCAUUGAAAAGAGAAACGGUUUGUCGUGGAAAUGUAAUCCGUGCCAAUCGUAUACCAGCGAAGUGCACGAGAUUCUAGAUGCUAGACUAUCCAGCUUGGUAAACGAAAUUCAUCAGCUAUUUUCUAGUUUUCGUUCAGAAAUUCUGGAGAUUGCCGUGAAAAAAAUUAGUACUGUUGAGUUACCUGAGAUCAAUGAUAAGAAAUCGUAUUCGGCUAUUACGAAAGGAAAAUCGGCAAUCAUCAUCAAACCUAAAGAUGCAACGCAAAAUACACAAGCCACUAAAGCUGACAUGCUUCAUUACGUGAAUCCAGUCGCAGAAAAUCUUCAGCUUUCCGGUGUCAAGAACGUAAAGAUUGGGGGGAUUCUAAUUGGUUGCAAUUCCGAUGACGACAAUCUCAAGCUCAAGAAAAUUGCUGCGGAGAAGCUUUCUGACAAGUACGAAAUCAAGGAGGUUGCUGGAUUCAGUCCUAGAGUACGGGUUGCGGGUAUGACUGAAAAACAAUCUGCGGAAAACUUUAUUAAUUCCAUUAAGUCUCAAAGUAAAGAUGUGCUAAGUGAGAAAUUUGAAUGUAAGGUUAUAGACAUUAAGCCAAUCAAGAAAAGAGUUGAAAUUUUCCAAGCCAUCCUUCAAUUAGACUACGGUACUUAUAAUAAAAUUAUGUCUGUCAACAAGGAUUCAAAAACUGCUGAAUAUUUGUCUAUGAGCCGAACAAAAGCAAGAGCUAUUGUAGUAAAUGUGACAGGAAAAACCGCUGAAGAAAACUUGAUAAAAAAUUUAAGGGAAAACGAGUUUGCAUUGCUGGUAGAUGAGAGCACUGAUAAGUCGACAAUCAAGCAUUUAGCUUUAAUAGCGAGGCUAGUCAACACAAAUUAUGAAGUGGAAGAUAAAUUUCUAACUGUGAUACCGAUCACCGACGGGUCAGCUAAAGUUUUGUACCAAAAAACUGUCGAAUAUUUUAAUGAGAAAGAAAUUCCAUACAAAAAGAAUUUGUUAGGAUUUGCUUCUGAUGGCGCCAAUGCGUUUACAAAUAUAAAACCACAUAAAAUAUUACACCCUGCACAAACCAGAUGGCUAUCGUUGAACGAUGUGGUGAAUAGAUUGUUGGAACAACUUCCAGCUAUAAAAUUAUAUUUCCAAUCAGCUGUGCUUACAGAUCGUCUUCUUUCUGCCCAAAGUAUUUUAACAAAAGCCAUGGAACCGACAACAGAAUUAUACUUGGAAUUCCUACGAUUUGCUUUACCAAUAUUCACAGAUUUGAAUAAAGAAAUGCAGGCAGAAAAACCAAAGUUGUACUUAUUAUAUGAUCAGAUCUACACAGCAUAUGUGACAAUUUUAGAAUGCUUUAUACAACCGGUUUAUUUAGAACUAACAGAAGAAGAGAUAAACAAAGCCGAAGAUAUCUUAAAUGCCAAAGAACAAAAAAUAUUAAGUGUUGAUGUAAAUGACGUGCGGAUCCAUUUGCCGUUAUUGGAAACAUACGUUGGAGGAAUGGUACCAAAUUUGAUUCGAUUGAAAAGAGACAAUCAAGAGUUGGACGACGAUAAACUGUCAAAUUUUUACAGGAAAUGUAAAGAGUUUUACAUUGAGGCAGUAGCCCAAACCAAACAAAGGUUUCCUUUCGCUGGUAAAGAACGUCAGGCACUAAAGUGUUUACAGAUGUUGAACCCACAAGCGAUUUUAGGUCAUGACUUGAGCAAAAGACAUAUAACUUCAAUUUCUGAAUUAUUAUAUUAUUUCCCAAGUAUUUGUCCAGAAAAUGUAACGGAAUUAGAUAGAGAAUGGAGAACUCUUCGCAGGACCAAUUUUAAUUUUGACGAGACUGAGACGCCCAGUGUAGAUAAAUUUUGGUGGCAUAUUUCCAAAUUGAAAAAAGGCGACGGCUCUGCAAUGUUUCCACUAUUAUCGACUUUAACCAGAAAGCUUCUAUGUUUGCCGCACAGUACUGCUACGGCAGAACGCUUGUUUUCGAGCAUUAAUGUUAUGAAAACGAAACUAAGAAAUAAACUUUCUACAACCACAAUAAAAGGUACCUUGCACACAAAGUCCGAAAUUAAAAAUUGUUUCGAGUUCAAUGUGACAAAUGACCAUUUGAAAAAGUUCAAUAAAAAUAUGUACGAUUUCAACCAAAAUAAAGAUUAA